GCAGAACUGCCAAUCUAGGCCUAGUUGAUGCGAAUGAAAAACAGAUUAAAAAUCUGAAGGAUACCAUGGAUAAGCUAGACAAUAUUUUCCACGCUAAAGGAGUUGAUAUGACUCAAUUUCCCUCUUUCUCAUUUGAUGAACCAGUUUUGGUCAAUCCGGGAUCGAACAUUGUUGUUGAAUAUCCGAAGCCGGAGACCGUCAAAGAACAGGAAGCCGAUGAAAGGCUCGACGGUCCCCUUACAAAGGGGCCUAUUCACUGUCGCUGCUGGUCCGCGUCUGCUUAUUCGCUAGACCCGAAAGCCGCUAACCUCCGUUGGAGACCAUUCUGUUAUCCAUCACAUGUAGAGGCGCUGGGUAAUAAGCAGCCGAGCUAUCAAGAAGCCCGUCUUCGAGUUACGGCACGCGCCUGUUAA